GUGGUGCAUGGCGCCCCCUCCAUAGCGUGAAACGUGGUGAGUGAUGAGUGACGAGAGAAAGAAGAAGAGUAUCUACCCAACGAAUAUUCCAAUUUCUCUGUGACUCCCCUUUUGUUCUAUAAAAAGAGAGCAACGAGAGUCCUAAAAACCCUAAACACAAAAGAAUGUGCGAAGCCCUAAAAAGCCACUACGAGCUGUGCGAGGAGAUCGGUGGCGGUCGUUUCGGCACCAUCUUCCGGUGCUUCCACCCUCUCACCAACCAACCCUUCGCCUGCAAACACAUCGUCAAGUCCCACCUCCAAGACUCCACCGACCGCGACUGCCUCCAAAACGAACCCAAAUUCAUGACUCUGCUCUCUCCGCACCCCAACAUCCUCCAAAUCUACCAUGUCUUCGAAGACCAAGAUUCUCUCUCCAUCGUCAUGGACCUCUGCCAGCCCCACACGCUCUUCGACCGCAUCGUCGACAACCCCGUCCCGGAGGCCGAGGCCGCCGUCAUCAUGAAGAGCCUUCUGGAAGGGGUGGCGCACUGCCACCGCCUCGGCGUGGCCCACCGCGACAUAAAGCCGGACAAUGUUUUGUUCGACGCGGCGGGGAAUCUGAAGCUGGCGGACUUCGGGUCGGCGGAGUGGUUCGGCGACGGGAGGAGCAUGGGCGGCGUGGUGGGGACGCCGUACUACGUGGCGCCGGAGGUUCUGUUGGGGAGGGAGUACGACGAGAAGGUGGAUGUGUGGAGUUGCGGUGUGAUUAUGUAUAUAAUGUUGGCGGGGAUUCCUCCUUUUUAUGGUGACUCUGCUGUGGAGAUCUUUGAGGCUGUUGUUAGGGGUAAUCUUAGGUUUCCUUCUAGAAUCUUCCGGAACGUUUCUUCCUCUGCCAAGGAUCUCUUGAGGAAAAUGAUCUCUAGGGAUGCUUCCAGAAGGUUCUCGGCGGAACAAGCCCUCCGCCACCCUUGGAUCUUGAGUGUGGGAGAGACAUGACCUAAGCUGCAACUCUACUGUGCCUAAUUUUGCCCCUUUCUCUUUCUCUUUGUGAAUAAAGUCUACUCGUGGUGGCAGAGGAAGGAGCCAAACAGAGCACGCUUUGUAAAUUCCCCUGGUGCAAGUAGAUUUCUUCUUUUCUUUUUCUGAGACUCACUCCUCCUCCUAGGAUCAGGGGUCACUGCCUUUCAACCUAUCUAUCUAGUUUUUGUAUAUGUUAUAGUCAUCAUCAUCAUAAUAAUAAAUGAGUUUUCAUCUUCAUCUUCUAA